AUGGCAGGCCGCUUCGCCUGGAGGAGCAGCUAUGAGGAGUACCGCGGCGCCAGCGGCCUGGCGGACAGCCUCCGGUUCCAGCUCCGGUACCGGGUCAGGGGAGAGCAGCGCGACGCGAGGCUCCGUGACUUCACUUCCCUGGAGGUGUCCAUCAACACCAACAGUCUGAAUUAUUCUGUGGAUGAUGAGCAAUUUGCGCCGGACGCCAAGUACGCUGCGAGAGUCCGGUCCAGCCCCGGCCUGGGGCCCGGCCAGUGGAGCGACUGGUCUCCGGAGGUCCACUGGGUCACCGAGCCGGCGGUGAAGGACGACCCCGCCCACCUGAGGGCCUCUGGCCUGGAGAGGCUCCUCCCCCUCUGUGUGGCGGCGCCACUCCUCCUGCUGCUGCUCUGCUGCGCUCCAGUACACAAGUGGAGGAGGAGAGCCCUCAUCCCGACUCCUGCGCCCUACUUCCUGACCCUGUACGGUGACUGCGAGGGGGACUUCAAGAGCUGGGUGGGAGAACCGCCCACAGCAGAGCCGCUGGAGGCGGAGGAAACUCUCCACAUCGACACCCUGACCCGGUGCAAGGUCACCGAGGAGGAGCGUCCGCCCCCCAGCCGGUCCCCGGAGGGCCGCGACUACAGGAACGUGGCCGAGCCGGGCGGCGCCGCGUCCCUCCGGGGUGGCCCGUACGCGGCGCCGCCAUCGGCUCCAGGGAGCCCUCAGAGCCUGACCUCCGGCUUCCGGCCGGGAGGCCUCGCUGAAGGAGCCUCCGGCUGCCAGCAGGAGGAGCCGCCCUGGUCCUGCAGCGAGUACUGCACCCUCAGCACCCUGAGCACCCUGAGCCCCCCCCACAGCAGAGCAUCACGGGACAGCAGCAUCAGGACCGAGGACGUGACUGAAGGCUGAAGUUCACCAUGUCCUCCGUUAAGUCUUCCGCAUGCUGCUGCUUGGCCAUGAGAAGCGUUUGUAAAAUGUUCUCACAGCAUUGUGCUGUAAGUUGGAGUAAUCACGUGUUGCGCGUGUCAAAUGAAGUGUAAACAUGCUUCAGACUGAAUAUUAAUUGACAUUUUUGCUUCAUCUCUGAAACCUCAGUGUUUAGUUAAUCUGGGAUAUUUCACUCAUUUAAUAAAUAAAAUGCUAAUGUUUUG